UAGAAUUAAAAACAGCAGAAGGGUCAUUGGUUGCUGUCCAAAUCAAAGUGUCCAAACAUGAAGAUCUUCAAGAUUUGAAUACAUGUUUGGUCUGAUCCUCUUUGCAUUUGCCUUUAAUUUUCCAAACUGUCAUGCUACCACCAUAUCUUCCCCAUAUCUUCUUGAAUCUUGAACCCCCUCAUAUAUAUCCCCCAACACCUUCAAUUCUUCAAAUCAACCAAACCAAAAAACUCAUAUUCUUCUUAUUCUUGUAUAACCCAAUUCAAAUUCCAACCUUUUUUUCAUCAAUCCCAGGAGAAGAUCAGAAAUGGCAACCUUGGAUGAUGGUUCGGAGUUCUUCCACGUUCUUGCCGUGGACGACAGCGUGGUGGACCGGAAGCUCAUCGAGCGGCUGCUGAAAACAUCAUCGGAAAACGUGAAAGUGACGGUGGUGGAUUCCGGGAGCAAGGCGCUGGGGCUGUUGAGCGAGGUGGAAGUGAAUCUCAUCAUCACGGAUUACAGCAUGCCGGGGAUGACGGGGUACGAUCUGCUGAGGGAGAUCAAAGGCUGCGCCGCGUUCAAGGAUAUUCCGGUCGUGAUCAUGUCGUCCGAGGAUGUUCCGUCCAGGAUCACCAGGUGUUUGGCGGAAGGCGCAGAAGAGUUCUUCCUUAAACCGGUCCGCCAGUCCGACGUUAACCGCCUCAAACCGCAUCUGUUGAACGGGUGCAAAGGGAAGGCGGCGUUUUCCCCCGAAUCGACGGCGGCGGUUUGUGGGAUCGUUUGAUUUGAUUUCGUCGGAAAACGUUGGACGGAGCUGAAUUUGAUGGACGCGAUUGACCCCGGCGGCUGAGAUUCAUGGAAGCGAGAGCUUCCGGCGCCGUAAAUGGGUGGGGAAUUGAAUCGAACACCUGGCGGAUCCAAGAAUUGAUCCCAGACAAUUUAGCCAUGAUUCAGAACUGAAUCGAACAUCGAAUCUGAUCUGCUUGAAAACUGGCAGACAUAUAUGGUUGACAACAAUUGUAUGUAUGGGCCACACAACACUACCCACCCCAAUUUUUCGACACACAAUUACAGUUGUAAUACUUUCAAAUUUCAAUAGAAAGUAAUAGUUCUGAAAUUUAUUUUCAAUUGAGAAUUAAGUUACAAUAUGAACUGAUCAAUGUCUGUGCAAGUGGUUUAGAUGA